AGAAAAAUAACCUUGUCAAAAGUAAUUUAAAAGGAAUAGCUCUUGGUAAUUCCUUUAUAUCUCCAAUCCACAUUAUUCCUGCAAUGGGCGAAUUUGUAUACCAAAUGGGAUUGUUGGAUACGCACACUUUCAACCAUCUAAAAACAGUCUAUGAAAAGUUUGAAGUAGCUGUAGAAACUGAGAAUUGGUCAAGAUCUUUGGAUUUAGCGUUGAUAGCUCACCAAAUAAUACUUGACGGAUCAAUAAAUAUCAACGUGUAUAAUGUGUUGGAUAAAAAACCACCUUUGCAUAACGCAACAAACAUUAGCAAACUCAACAAUAGCGAGUUUAAUUAUUUGAUGAACCAUCAAGUUAAAAAGGCUUUAGGUUUAAACUCUACUUUUAAACCUAUUAAUUUCCAAGUUAGACAUGUGCUGCGUGAUGAUUUUAUGAAAGCUGUAACCGAUCAAAUUGAGUAUUUACUGAACGUUACGAACGUUAAAGUAUAUGUAUACAGCGGCCAACUCGAUGCAAUGUGCCCGACAUCGGGAGCUGUAAAAUGGUUGGAUAGUCUUAACUGGGAGAACUCCACUAAAUGGUAUUCUUCUGCCAAAACGCCACUUGUUGUAAAUGAUGUACUUGAGGGUUACGUUAAACAACAUGGGAACUUGAAAAUGUUUUGGAUCAAUAGAGCAGGACACAUGGCGCCAGCAGAAAAUCCAAAUGCAGUUUUAGCUGUUUUAGAAGAUUUGACCGAUGCCUACAAUAAUACAACUCAUUAGUUAUGCAUACUCACCAAGCUGUGCAUAUUCGUACUUUUCGAAACAUAUAAUAUAGAAUUUUUUGUUCCCCUGUUCUAAUUUAAAUCAUAAAAUCUAUCAGAAUAGUGGUAGUCUUCGGAUGGCUAGUCAAUAUGUUCAAUAUAUGCUAUUCAUUCAAUUAUAUCUUGCACACUAUUAUAAAUGUCCAAUUGGUUUAAAAUACAUAAUAAGUGUACCUCUUCCUUUUAAAAUAAUAAUAGUAUGCUAAUAAAAAUGAUAUUGCUUAUGUUAUAUGUAUACAAGGUACGUAACCACGCUCUUGUUAGAAUGCAUUAAAAAUUUACAUUGAAUUUGAAACUUUUUCAAAUUGAAUUUAGCGGGUAAUAAAGUCGCUAUUGCUCGCAUUAUAUUCUUUAUUACCCGUCGGUCAAAAAAAAAAACUACUUUAGGCCCGAUUAAUAGCUACAAAAAACGCGAAAAUCUUUUAUGUCUUGGUGAUAUAGCGGCACCGCUAAGACCUUGGGUGCAAGCAACCCCGUUGAAAGUGAUAACGUAUUUAAAUACGCAUAAGAAUAUGUAUCAUUAUAUACGUACUAAAAUAUUAAGUAUAAUAUACGUUCUGAACAUUUUUGUACGCUUUUGUAUACGUUUCUACACUACACUUUUAUGUGAUUACAAUAUCGGCUGCUUAAAAACUUAAAUAAAUUUACCAAAAAAUUCUUCAACCAUCAUUUCGACUUAAGUAAUUUUAAGGUUCAAUUACAUGUGAGAAACGGUAAUGUGUCUUUCGCCACCUAUCGAAAGGACACGAACUAUAAUUGUUAAAAAAAAAAUAUAAGAAAGUGUAAAAAAGUGUAUAUUUUCGUUUUAUGCCUGUCGAAAUAUAACAACAAGUCAGUAUAAUAUUAUACUCUAACUCGGUAUAAUAUCGGUCUGUAAGAAAAAAUCUACAUAUUUUAUCUAUCAGAUAUAAGCUGCGAUGAUUAACUAUCUAGCGAAGAUAUAGUGUA